AUGAAUACAAACAGUAACGCUGAUAAUAUUUACUAUGAAGAUGUUCCUCCUGGAACCCUUAAAGAUGAUGAUUUUUUUUGUACUGAUAAAAUUGUACCAAGGAAAAUUAAACCUCAAAACAUUGUCAUGAGACUUAUGGACCGAGAAAUUUAUGGUUCUAGAAAACCUGGAUCUCAUUUUCAUGUAGUGCGUGAGUUUUAUCAAAAUGUUUUUCCUAACUUGACAAUAGUUAAUGUAGAAAAACCACCAUGUUUCUUGAGGAAAUUUAGCCCUGAUGGAAAACAUUUUAUAGCUUUUUCUGCAGACCAAACAUCUCUAGAGAUAUAUGAAUAUAGAGGAGCUGCAGCCGCUGGUGAUCUUGUUGCAGGGUACCCAUCAGAUUUAUUGAAUGCUGAUGCUGAUGCACAUCACAGAAUAAGAACCCAUAUAUUUUAUAGGUUUUUCAAGCCGAAAUUCACAGUAAAUGUAUGCCAACAAAGGUCAGCUUCCAGACAGGAACGCAACUCUGGUCAGCUCCCAUUUAUGGAACAGCAAUUGAACAGAGAAUGUAGCCUUUUCACUGAAGAUGGACGUUAUGUUAUAGUUGGUUCGGCGGCACACAUUCCUGAUGACUUGAGGCCGCACUUUCACCAUAUACAUAGUAAUAAUGAGGCAGUUACUCCAACAAUAAGAUCUGCUUUAGAAGACUAUUCUCUUCAUUUAGUUGACUUGCACCAUGGGAAAUUGUGUGACACAAAACAUUUUAGAACUGAUAAGAUUUACUUAUCACAUAAUCAAGGCAUUUACCUAUAUAAGGAGGUUUUAGCUGUGUUGUCAGUACAACACCAAACAAUACAUUUAUUUCAAAUUGUAGAAGGAAUGUUAAUAGAGAUCAGAAAAAUUGGCAGAUUUUGUUAUGAUGAUGAUCCAUUUAUUGUGAGUUCAGUUUUUUCUCCAAUGAUGAAUGAAAGACCAUUUUAUGAAGAAACAAUUAAUAGCCUCAAGCACAGGCUUCUCGUCUUUCUGUUUAAAAGAGCAAAGUCCAUAAGUGAUGAAUCAAAAGAUCCAUUAGAGUUAAGAAAAUUUUACAAAUAUUUCGACAUGUUCAAAAGUUUAAGAAUGUGGAAAAUGCAGUUAUUAGAUGAAGAUCAUCUUUUUAUAAAAUAUGCAAGUGAAGAGGUAGUGACACUGAGAGUAGCCGAGCCAAACAGUCAGUCUUCAUUUUUCGUCAUAUACAACAUAAGUGAUAGUAAAAUAUUAGAGGUGUAUGAGAAUACAUCAGAGGGUUUACUCCAACUUUUCGAAAAUUAUUGUGAUUGCUUUAGAAAUGCGAGAUUAUGUGCUGAUUCACAAUUUACUUGCUCUCCCUCGAACAACUUAUAUGCUAGAUUGACACAGCAAAGGUUCAAACAGACCAUUGUUAGAGCCAUAUAUGGCGGGCGCACUGAAGCAACUAAACGAAUACUAGCGCAAUUGCCAAUAAGUGCCCAGUCAUAUAGUGGAUCACCAUAUUUAGACCUAGGAUUAUUUAGCUAUGACGACAAAUGGGUCUCGGUUAUGGAAAGACCUAAGGCCUAUGGAGAGUAUCCAAUACGUUUUUACGCACGAGAUUCAGGACUGUUGAAGUUUAAGAUUUACGCAGGCGUCCUCGGUCAGUCGGUGCCGGCGAGCGCGCGACGUCUCGUAGCAUUUACCUUCCACCCUACAGAUCCUUUUGCUAUUAGUGUUCAAAGAACAAAUUCUGAAUAUAUCGUGUAUAAACACGGAACCCUGGCUUGUAAGAAGCAUUUCCUAUCCUUCCACAAUGAUAAUUCAACGUCCACCACUGACAUUUAUUACUUUUACCCAACUUUACGCCAGAGCAGGAUUCUAAAAGAUUCUGCAUAUGUUCAAACAGAAAUCGCUUUAAACAAUCGCUGUAAUGGCAGAAUGUGCCGCGGCCCUUGCUAUUGUCCAUUCAAUAAUAAAUUAGCAGAAAAAGAAACAAAUUAUUCCUGUGAGUGUCGCCAGAGAUUAGUUUCAAGCGUUAGUUUCAUGUCUAUAGAUAAUGAAAGGCAACCUAGGCCUUUGCUAAAAAAUAAGAAAACGUGUACAAGUUGUUCAAAGCAAUAUAAAAAGCAGACAGAACGUCAUAACCAAAUAUGCAAAUGUACUACGGACACAUCAGACAAAUAUGUUACAACAUUUGUGGAUCAAGCAAGCGGUUGUAUGGCAAAGGACGGACGCGAGACACAGACGGUAGAACAAAAAUCAAAACGGAACGACAUUAAAACAGAAAUAUGGCCUGCGAUAAAAAAUAAGUAUAGAUCUAAAUAUAAUACUUCAUCUUGCGAUGAAUACGAUAACACCGGGUGCUCCGGUACAUGCGAAUGCACAAGUACCAGCGAAAGUGAUUGU